CACAGACAGAUACAUAUCUUAUUUAUAGAUAUUCCUUCAUUAUUAUUGCAGAAUUUCGCAGUAAAUUUUCUUAAAAUGUUCAAAAUUGAAGUAGCGAUUUGUUUAAUCGUUCUUUUGUUCAACAACAAUCAGUGCUAUCACAUUAAUAAAUUGAACUACGGCCUUACGGUUUGCCUCGAUCCGAAAAAUCCAGGUACUUUAGCGGCCGACCAGCGUGCUAAUUCGACAAUUAGAACACCACUAUUCGUGCGUCUCCCAACGAUAGGCUUCCUGAAGACUAGUAUAAGCUGCAUUGUGAUCGAUGAUGAAGAAAGUAGCAAUGGCAAGCCUGAAAUAAUUCAAGGAGGGCUUCAUUCAAAUUUUGUUAUAAUUCAUGUUCCUGCUUCCGUUUUGACCGGAUUGAAUUACAGAGUACGGGUCUAUACAAAAACCAAACUACCAAUUAACUUAUAAUAUUGUAUAGUAUAUUUAGUUUGCUGAGAGAUGUAGUUAAUUGUACGAAAUUAUUUAUAUGAAUUGCAUAUAAAAG